AUGACAUUUGUUGGAAUCGAGCUCGACUCUAUUGCCAUGGUUAAAAGGCUGCCCUUUGAAAAAGUUGAAAAAAUACGUGAUUGUCUCUCCCGCAUGAAACGCAAGAAAAAAGCUACAUUACAGGAACUGCAAAGUCUUAUGGGUCUUUUGAAUUUCGCUUGUGCGGUUGUCGUACCCGGUAGAGCGUUUCUUCGGCGCAUGAUUGACCUCACUAUGGGUCUUCAGCAGCCCCAUCACAAGAGACGCCUCACAUUGGAUGUUCGCGAAGAUUUGGAAGCCUGGUCCGUGUUCAUUAACACUCUCAAUGGCAUUUCUAUGAUGCUCCCAGACCGUUGGGACAGUUCGACCGCUCUAGAUCUAUAUACUGAUGCCAGUAACAUUGGAUUCGGAGGUUAUUUUAAUGAUCGUUACUUCGCAGGGGUGUGGCCGGUCGACAGUGUAUGGCACACCUUGCACAUAACUGUGAAAGAACUGUUCCCCCUGGUGUUGGCCUUGGAGCUUUGGGGUUCACUCCUGCAGAAUAAAUGUAUCGUUUUCCAUUCAGACAUUGAAGCCGUAGUGCAUAUUAUUAACAAACAAAGUUCUAAAGAUAAGCAUCUCAUGAAACUAGUUCGCCGUUUUGUGGUAAAGACAUUACAGCACAAUGUACUUUGUAGAGCCGAACAUAUUCCCGGCUCUCACAACAUUUUAGCCGACUUUCUUUCCCGUGACCAGGUCGACAAGUACUUGCGAAGUUGUCCGGCCAACCACCCUGUGCUGGAACCGAUUCCAGUCGACAGCUUGAUAAUUUGA